AUGAUAAAUGCUUAUGAAAACUUUGUUCAACAAUUAAACAUGGGAGAAGGGAAAACCAGUGUUGUUAUUCCUCUACUUGCAGUGUCGUUAGCUACAUCGGAGAAAGUUGUUCGAGUAAAUGUGUUACGGUCCCUUUUAAACACAAACAUUGAAUUACUUGUGGAUAAACUUGGUGGUCUUCUCAACAGACGAGUUUACAUAGUACCGUGUCGCAGAGAUAUAAACUUUAAUCCUUUAAAGAUUCUAAGAGUCUACACAGAGUGUCUUUUGGGGCGUGGGCUGAUGCUAACAACACCUGAACAUCGAUUAUCCCUUAAUUUAAAAACAUUGGAACAUUGCCGCAAAAAAUCUGAAGAGGCUUUAAAUUUUUACCAGUUGCGUUGCUGGCAUCAAAAACAUAUUUGCGAUGUCUUGGAGGAAGCAGAUGAAAUAUUAAACGUUAAAUACCAGGUUGUUUACACGCUUGGUGAACAGUUACAUUUUGACGGUGGUGCUCUGAUGUGGGUAAUUUCUCAAGCAGUUUUAAAAUUAGUUAAUAAAUUUGGAGAAAAAACAUUUCAAAAGUAUGGCGAAGAUUGUAUUGAACAUUAUGUAGAAAAAUCUCGAUACGAUUCGUUUUCACAUAUCAGGUUUCUUACUAACAACAAAGAAGUGUAUGAUUACAUGUGUCGCUUAAUUGUUGAUUCAAUACUUAAUAACGAAGUUCCAGAAAUUUCAGUUGCAGCAAAACUAAAGCGAAGUGAUAAAAGUUUUGCGAGAUUAUUUCUUACCUCUAACGACAUUAGUGACGCAGAGAUGAACAAGCGUUUUUCUAAACUAUUUGUUAAAAAUAAUGUUUUAAAAGAAGAGUUGUUAAUUUUACGUGGAAUACUUAUCUUCGAAGUUUUACAUAUGGCACUUCAAAAACGAUGGAGAGUUAAUUUUGGUGUUAGCUUAUCAAAUACUUCAUCACAAAUGGCUGUGCCAUUCCGUGCUAAAGAUGUUGCCUCGGAAAGAACUGAGUUUGGUCAUCCUGAUAUGGUUAUUCUUUUGACUCAAAUUAGUUACUAUAUGAGUGAUAAAUGCACAAAUAAAGAAGUUGCAUAUGGACAAUGGAUAAAAGCCAUUGGAAUUGAUAAAGUGCCAAACUAUUUGCAUGAAUUGAAUGGUGUUAAUUUAGACAGCAUUGAGCAAAAAGAGCAUUUAUAUUCUCUAUUAAGAUACAGUAUGAGCGUGGUAAAUUUUUGGCUAAACCGAGUUGUUUAUCCACGAGAAGCAAAGCAAUUUCCUUUCAAGAUUUCAACGUCAGCGUGGGAUUUAUGUUUGAAAACUCAAUUUGAAGCUGAAUCAAAAAACUUCACUACUGGCUUUAGUGGCACAAACGAAUCACAAUUGCUUCUUCCAUUAACCAUUAUUCAAAAUGAUUUACCUAAAAUCUCGGGAACCAAUGCUAUGGUGUUAAGCUUUUUACUUCAACCUGAAAAUAAAACCUGUUAUUACAUAAAUUCGUGCGUAGAAAAAUUAGAAGAAUGUAUUUUAAAAAAACUGAUUGAAACAAAGGCUUGCGUUUUGAUUGAUGUAGGUGCUUUAAUGUUGAAGUUAGAUAACAAAAAGGUUGCUCAAGAGUGGCUAAGGAUGUCUUUAGCUUCUGAAGUAUAUGCUGCAGUAUAUUUAGACACGGAAGAUAGAUUAAUGGUAUGUGAUAGAAAAGGCCGUACUUCAUUACUUACAGUCUCUCCAUACUUACACUCACUUGACAAAUGUGUAAUAUAUCUUGAUGAUGUUCAUACCAGGGGAACAGAUUUAAAAUUUCCCAUGAACGCCAUUGCUUGUGUUACCUUGGGUAAAGGACUCACAAAAAAUCGCCUUGUUCAAGCCUGCAUGCGUAUGCGAUUACUAGGCAAAGGACAUAGCGUUUAUUUCUGCGCCUCAAAGGAUGUCCACACAUCUAUUGUAAGUCAAAUGAAAUCAUGUGACAUAGUUCCGGAAGCUGUUGAUGUACUGCGAUGGGCACUUAUAAACAGCUGUAAUGCUAUUCGUGAUGGACUUUUGCAAUGGUCAUCUCAAGGAAUACGCUACGCCACAAAGGAAGCCGUUGAAUAUUCUAUGUUUAAAAACAGCACCACGGAAUAUAACACAUUAGAUAAUGUGACAUUAGAUAGUCUUCAAGAACUUGGUAACAUGUGUUCUGAAGAGGAAGUGAUAUGUUUGAAUAAAUUUUACGGAGGAUCUCGAUCAUUAGAAUCUAUUCCUAAAAUUGUUCAGAGUAGUUUAGACAAACGUGUAAAAUUAUUUAAUGAAAAAAAUAUAGCAACUAUUGUGGAAAGAUUAACCAUGAGUGGUGCAGAUAUUAUCUCUCGCAUCAAUAAAUUUGUAUCUAAAUAUAAACGCUUUGCUAAUAUACUUGACGAAGAGCAAGAAAGAGAACUAGAAGCUGAGUUAGAGGAAGAACGUCAAGUAGAACGCCCAGGUUCUCAAACUCCACAUAAACCAAAAUUGUCAAAACAAGUUCGAGAUUUAGUCGAAACUGGAAUAAUAACAAAUGAGAAUGCUGAGAUAUUGCCAAUUCAUAAAGUCUUUCAAAAUACAAAUCGAAUUUCAAAGUUGAUGCCGGUUUAUGGUUUGAGCCCUAACUUUAUGGUAACAAAUGAGUUUACUAUGGUUAUUGAAGAUAUUGAUAGUGGUGAUGAUUUUCUCUUUGAAAUUUCUUGGGUGAUAGUAGUCGCUUAUAAGAAUCAUUUAGGCCCCGCUACUUACGUUUUAAUUAGUUCUUUCGAAGCAAACGAGUUACUUCCAAUUUUUCGUUCAAUAAAAGAGAAUCGUGGGGUAAGAUUACAUAUGUUUGCUCCACGUCUACGUCGCGGUCAAUGCAUUCUAAUUAAUCAAAGUUCUCUUGCUCUUCCUGAUUCGAAAGGUGAACUUUUAGAUGGUGAUAUCAAUGCUCAAUUUUUUGUAUUAGGGGGCUCUCUUUUUUUUUUAACUAAAGAAGAGGAAAAUGCGUACUCUAAUUUUGUUAGAACUUCUUUAUUUAAUGAAUGUGCGAAGGUUUUUUUUGAUAAUAGGAUCGGAUAUAACAAAAACUCUUAUGAUAAUAUGGUUGGGUGUGACAAAGACUCUUUGGAUAAUAGGAAUGGGUGUGACAAAGAAGUAUUGUUGAAUGAGAGUUCACAAUGCUUCAGUGUCACCCUUGAAAAUAAAUCUUUUGAUAUUUCCCAGCAACUGGAUGAAAUUCAAAAUUUGACUAAUCUUUUAAAAGAAAUACGAAGAAAUGCUGAUGCUUACCUUAACAAAUGGUAUAAAAUUGCUCUUGCAUUAGCUAAAACAUUUGAUAUUGAUGAAAAAAAACCUAGAAUAUGUGGUGUUCAAAAGCAUAUAGAUAAUUAA